UCUUCCAUUAUCAUCACUGGUUACAUAAUGUCCCUCAUCACAUUCACACACAGGAAUAUGACCAGACCAACUACCAUUAGAGGUACACGUGACAUUCAGACUAGUAGAGUUGAUGACAUGAGCAUUGUCAGCACACUGUGUAGUGACAGUCACUGAUCCACUGGCUGGAGCUAGUGUAGUAGGAUAGCGAACUAGACCAACACCCUUGGCCUCGCACACUGUACAAUCUGAAACGGGGUAAUAAUAAUACAAAGGCAAUAGUGGUCAGCUAUUGAAGAUACCUGGACAAGCUGUUGAUCCAUGGGCAGGAACUGUUGUGUCCAUAUCUGUGAGGAUGAAAAGAUCUGUGGGAAAUUGAUCUAUUGCAGUGUUGUUGGAGGUCUUGUUGUUGGAGGACGUGUUGUUGGAGGUCUUGUUGUUGGAGGUCUUGUUGUUGGAGGUCUGGUUGUUGGAGGACGUGUUGUUGGAGGACGUGUUGUUGGAGGACGUGUUGUUGGAGGUCUUGUUGUUGGAGGACGUGUUGUUGGAGGUCUUGCUGUUGGAGGCCUUGUUGUUGGAGGUCUUGUUGUUGGAGGUCUUGUUGUUGGAGGUCUCGUUGUUGGAGGGUGUGUUGUUGGAGGUCUUGUUGUUGGAGGAUGUGUUGUUGGAGGUCUUGUUGUUGAAAGAUCUGUAGUGUCGCAGUCACUAUAGUCACGGUAAUCGCAUGGUGUUGUUGGAGGACUUGUUGUUGG